AUGGUUAAAAUUUGUGACGAAACACAGCCAGUAUUUGAUGACAUACCCUAUGGUAUACAACCGGCAAUUACCUCAUAUUUAAAAGGUGCACCACCAAAACCAGAUAAAUUUUAUGAAUCGUUUUUUAAUUUUCUUAAAAGUUUACAAAUGGGUGUAAAAGGUGUAUUAAUUGAAUAUGGAGAUAUACUUCCAUUAGAAGAAAUUUUUGCUGAUGUUGGUCAUCAAGCUGGUUACACAAAAUCUGAUAUAAAAUUAAUAAAAAAAGCUGCAAAAGAAAAUGAAAUUGAAAUAAUUCCACUUAUUCAAACAUUUGGUCAUUUAGAAUGGAUUCUUAAAUUAGAUAAAUUCAAAUCAUAUCGUGAUCAUCCUAAUUUACCAUUAGUUAUUUCACCAUGUCUUAAUGCUACUUAUGUUUUACUUCAAGAUCUUUUACAACAAACACUUGACAUGCAUCCUAAUAGUAAUAAAAUUCAUAUUGGUUGUGAUGAAGUUAUGUUAAACAAUGUUCAUGAUGAAUGUUAUAUAAAACAAAUGAAUAAAUCUGAAAGAUAUAUUGAUCAUAUUCAAUGUAUUGUUAAUAUUGUUCAUCAAAUUCGACCUGGAAUUCGUGUACUUAUUUGGGAUGACAUUCUUCGACAUGAUGAAUUUACUAAAAAUGACAAAUUGCUUAGUCAACUAAAAGGUCUUGUUGAACCUGUUUCAUGGAAUUAUGUUCCAACAUUUCAUGAUUACUACAAAACUUUAUCUGCUUGGAAGAUUUAUCCAAAAUUCUUUAAUAAUAUUUGGGCUGCAAGUGCAUUUAAAGGUGGUGUUGAUCGUUUUUAA